UCAAGUACAUAUCAUUAGUAACAAAAAUAAGCAGUCUGGAACUUAUAUUCUUAAAAGUGUUUUUUUUAGCGGAUUUGUAUGAAUUUAGACUUCGAUUUUCCUAGUUUUUUGGUCAGAAGUUUUAGAAGAAUAAUUAAUAUUUUAUUAAGUGUAUUAAACCGUCGAUUUCAUUUCGAUUUUUCGUUGGUGUAUUUUAAAAUCUGUUUUCGCGCAGGUUUUAGUUAGAUUACCUGAUAUGAAAGUCCGUAACUUGUUUAAAGCACAACUUGUUAAGUGCUUUGAACAAUGAUACUAGUUAAAGUCACUCAUAAUAAAAUGAAAAUCAAUUUUAAUCUAUGGUGUAAUUCUAAAAGUAAAAGAUAAUUAUAACAAGUAAUUAUGGGGAAGUUUUGCUUUUGUCCCGGAUGCAAGACAGGCUAUCCAUCUGAACUUAAAAAAAGAAAAGACAAGCAGCUUCCUACUAUUAGCUUGUUUAAAGCUCCAAAGGAUCCUGCUGUCUUUGAGAUUUGGAGAAGAUCCAUACCUCGAGCUGACAGACAAUUAAGAAAUGCUGAUCACAUCUGUAGUAGACACUUUAAAAAAGAUGACAUUGAAAGGUUUUAUGAAACAAAACUGCCUGAUGGAACCAUUUUCCGACUUAAACGUGAAAGACCAAGACUUAAGCUGGGUGCCAUUCCUUGCCUUUUUCCUGAUAUUCCAGGGCAUUCUUCCUAUCGACCAAAGGAAUUUAGGAGUCCUAAAAUCAGGAAGAAAAAGUUAAAAAAAACUAGGUUGACCAAGACAGUUUCUCCCUCUUCUCUUCCUCCACCUAAACAACAAAUAUCUGGAAAAUUGGAAACUUCCCUUUCAGAAGAGGAAACUAAACAAAAGAAAGAAUCUUCAAUUCAAUUAGGGAAAGAAAACAUCUUAUUUGAAGGCAUAGUUUUUCAUCCUAUUGCACAGAAUCUUCCAGUACAGCACACUACUAUGUUAUUAAAAGAAAGAGAAAAUGCUGAAAAUGAAAUGAAUUUUACACCGUUACAAAACUGCUCAAUUAAUGAGCCUGAAUCUUCUUCUACAGUGGAUGACCUUGAAAAGGAACAUUCUAUUCCAAGUUUAUGCGAAGUUAUUCUAAAUGAAUCAAAUGUAAUUAUUCCAAAGUCUGUGGUAGAGGAAAAAUUUUCUUUCAAUUUUUUAAAGAUAAAUGUGAAUAUGAUUAACACACUGAAUUCUUGGUGGAAAGUGAAUGUUCUAGAUGACUUUAUUUCUUUUAUCCGUUGGAUGCCUGAUUAUACGGUUGAAAAGAAAAUAGUGAUUACUAAAGAUCUAGCUGUAAAAGUCUUUUUGAAAGAUAGAGAAACUGCUAUUGGACGUAAUUUAAAAAUACUUUCUGUAUGCGUCAUUUCAAAGCUCAUUUUCAGAGUAGAAAGAACACAAAUCUGCAGAUGUAUUCACAAAAAGGAGAGAAAUUGUGAUGGUUUUUUGCAAGGUGUCUCUCAGUGUAAAAAACAUAAUUUGUGCCUUGGCUGUAUAAAGUGGGAGAGGGAACAAAAAAAACUUCUAAUGAAACCUGUAAAACUCCCCAGUAAUCUUGUAGAGCUUAUAAGAUUUAACAUGAAUGAAUAGUUCUCAUAAAAACAUUAUUUUUAAGAAUUAAAUUAGUAUGCAUUGUUCUUCAUAUUUUAUUGUUGACUGGCAUUGUUUAGUUAUUCUAGAAAAUUUUACUCUGGAAAUUGUUCCAUUAAAAAAAAUUGUAAUUGUUGAUAUUAUUUGGAACUUGAAAUUUAUGUACAAAGAUAAAAAAUAUAUUUAAUUAAAUUAUUAUUUUUAACGAAA